CUAACAUUUUCUCCUUCUCAUUGAAAUUUGUGCAGUUGUGGCUUUGAUGGCUAUUAAAAGUAAUCUGCACGACCCAUAUAAUGUUCUGGAGAAUUGGGAUAGCACUUCUGUUGAUCCUUGUAGCUGGAGGAUGAUUACUUGCACUCCAGAUGGCUAUGUUUAUGCUUUGGGGCUUCCAAGUCAGAGCUUAUCUGGGACCUUGUCUCCAAUGAUCGGAAACCUCACUAAUUUACAGACAGUGUUGCUGCAGAACAAUGCCAUUUCAGGUUCAAUUCCAGAAACAAUAGGAAAAUUGGAGAAGCUUCAGACACUUGAUCUCUCGAGCAACAAAUUCAGUGGUGAAAUACCUUAUUCUUUGGGGAAUCUCAAAAACCUAAACUAUUUGCGCUUAAACAACAACAGCCUUGCAGGAUCCUGCCCUGAAUCACUCUCAAAUAUUCAUGGUCUUACCCUUGUGGAUCUUUCAUACAAUAAUCUGAGUGGCUCCCUGCCAAAAAUAUCAGCAAUAACUUUCCAAGUUACUGGUAACCCUUUAGAUUGUGGUCCUAAGGGCAACGGCAACUGUUCUGCAGUCUUUCCAGAGCCACUUUCCCUCCCACCAGAUGGGCUAAGAGGUCAAGGGGACUCUGGAACAAAAGGCCAUCGAGUGGUUGUUGCUUUUGCAGCAAGCUUUGGUUCUGCCUUUUUUGUCAUACUUGUUAUUGGAUUGUUUGUUUGGUGGCGACGUAGACACAACCAGCAAGUUUUCUUUGAUAUCAAUGAACAAUAUGAUCCAGAGGUACGCUUGGGCCAUUUGAAGAGGUAUACAUUUAAGGAGCUUAGGGCUGCCACGGACCAUUUCAGCUCAAAUAAUAUUUUAGGGAGAGGUGGAUUUGGGAUUGUGUACAAGGGAUCCUUGAAUGAUGGAACUGUGGUUGCUGUCAAAAGGCUAAAGGACUGCAGAAUUUCUGGUGGUGAAAUUCAGUUUCAGACAGAAGUAGAGACUAUAAGUUUGGCUGUCCAUCGCAAUCUUCUCAGGCUUUGUGGAUUCUGCUCAACUGAGAAUGAAAGACUCCUUGUUUACCCUUAUAUGCCAAAUGGAAGUGUGGCAUCGAGACUACGAGAUCAUAAUAUCCAUGGCCGGCCUGCUUUAGACUGGGCAAGGAGGAAGAGGAUAGCCUUGGGUACAGCUAGAGGGCUUGUUUAUUUGCAUGAGCAAUGUGACCCCAAAAUCAUCCACCGUGAUGUCAAAGCAGCCAACAUUUUGUUGGAUGAAGACUUUGAGGCAGUUGUUGGAGAUUUUGGGUUGGCAAAGCUUUUAGAUCAUAGAGAUUCUCAUGUUACCACAGCUGUGCGUGGAACUGUUGGCCACAUUGCUCCUGAAUACUUGUCAACAGGCCAGUCAUCAGAAAAGACUGAUGUAUUUGGGUUUGGCAUCCUACUUCUUGAGCUAAUCACAGGUCAGAAGGCCUUAGAUUUUGGACGAGCAGCAAACCAAAAGGGCAUAAUGCUUGAUUGGGUACAGAAACUCCAUCAGGAAGGCAAACUGAACCUGUUAGUGGAGAAGGACCUCAAGGGCAAUUUUGACGGGAUCGAGUUGGAAGAAAUGGUACAAGUUGCCCUUCUAUGUACACAAUUCAACCCUACUCACCGUCCAAAAAUGUCUGAAGUGUUGAGGAUGUUAGAAGGAGAUGGUUUAGCCGAGAAAUGGGAGGCAUCACAGAAAGUUGAGACGCCAAGGUUCCGAUCUUGUGAAAACCUUCCUCAAAGAUAUACAAAUUUUAUAGAAGAAUCCUCACUUGUGGAAGCAAUGGAGCUUUCUGGCCCUAGGUAAUGAACUCUCUUAAGCUUAUUAGCUUUAAAAAAGCAAAAGCAUUUUGAUUGGUGCUAAUAGUUUGUUGAGUGCUAGUAUUCAUCUUGUAAAAAGGAAAAAUCAAAGUCUUGUAUAAACAUCUCGGUCUUCAAUGGAAAAUUAGUUCAUGGUCGAUCGAGCUUCUAGCCAAAAAUUGCCUUCAAAUCAUCAAAUCUGCUCAUAGCAACAACUUACCAUUAUAAUCUAGUUUCAGAUUAUAUCUAAAAGUUCUGUUGUAAAAGUAUGGUGGACACAAAGAGGUUCAGGUACUUUCUCUAUUAGUGUUAUAUGAUUUUCUGAGAAGCGAGAAGCCUGGUGUUUCUUGCUUGCCAUAGAUGUGUAUGGUAUAGUGUUAGCAUUCCUCGUCAUUCUUUUGUGAUGUAAGGUUGACUGUUCUCAAUAGAUUGAAGACAAAGGACACACUGCUACAGAAGAAUCUUCACUUGGAAGUUGGAUACAUUGUGUGUCAUAUUGUCAUGUGGUGCAUGCAAAGAAUCGAGGAACAACCUACAUAUUAGAGCAUCUGUAAUGAUAGUCUCUUAAAUGUCAUUUUAUUUUUAUUUUUAUUUUUUUAUUUAACCUAUUCAUGCUUCAUAUGAAGAAAACAAUGUGAAUUCA